UGUGCUAUCAUCUGAUAUAGUCGCAUUUCACUUCGCUCCGAUGUUUUUCAUUUAUUUCGUAUGAAAUUACGCUUGUUAAUAUUCCGAGAAUAGCAGGAAUAAGGCACAUAUAUCGAAUAUUCUCUCUUGUGAACCUGGUUAUUCAGAAUUCUCAAUAGUUUCAUCGUAUAUUUUAAAAAUGGGAUUAGAUUCACAACAAGAAGCCGACAUGAAAGAAAUAAUCAAGAACAUGUUCCGCGAUAAGGAACUCGUAUCAACUCUUGCCGAGGCUGUCGCUGAUAUGGUGUUUGAUAAACUGAAAGAUGAGUGGAAUUCACUUCAGGAAGAAAAUGAUAUGCUAAAAUCCCAGAUAGUUGACUUACAGCGGGAAAAUACCAUGAUUGAACAACGAUUGAACUUACUUGAUCAACAAAGUAAAUGCAAAACUCUGAGACUGUUGGGGCUGGAAGAUAAACGUGGAGAAAAUCUAGCCGAAACUUUAAAAAGAACUUUAAAUAGUAAUCUCAGUCUACAACAAGACGACUUGCAGAUCGAGCAUUGUUACCGGCUCAAGAAUAAAUCCGAUAAACCAAAUUCUACUGGAGCAGUAUUAAUUCACUUUUCAUCUAUGAAGUCACGUGAUGAAGUAUAUAAAAACAAGAGCAAGUUGAGGGGAUCAAAGUUGAUACUAACCGAAAAUCUUACAAGUCAUAACUACGCUCUGCUCAAAAAAUGUACAUCGAAGCUGGGAACUCGGAAUGUUUGGACUUGGAACGGCAGUAUUUACACAAGAAUGGGAACAACAAGAAAACUCAUACGAUGCGAAGCAGAUCUGGAUGGUAUAGCAGGAGCGGAGAGGCCGGCUACUUCAUUGGAGAAUAAGGGAAGGCCCAAGAGGAGAACACGAAAAUAAGAAUGAAGCACUGUCGAUUCAAUGGUUGAGUGGAUCAGGGAGUCUCCUAGGGGACUCAUCUGGACUUCGCCAUAUUUCUUGCUCAACACGUAUAUCAAUUGUAUUUUUGUUUGUUUUUCUCUAAUUGAUGUAAGUUUAGUUGGAAAUAAAGACAAUAUACAUACAUACAUACA